AAGAUAUGUUUGCAUUCGAGCGAUAUAAAGGAAAGUUUCUUCGGCCUUUUAGAAACUUUUAACCCAUUCAGGGCUGGUGCAUUUCAGGAUCCAGUUUCUCUUUUUGUUCUUCGUUAAAAAAACUCACCAGAGAGAUUGGAGAAUGGCCGACGGUGAAGACAUCCAACCGCUUGUUUGUGAUAAUGGAACUGGAAUGGUUAAGGCUGGAUUUGCGGGUGAUGAUGCUCCACGAGCGGUUUUCCCAAGCAUUGUAGGCCGUCCUCGUCACACGGGAGUGAUGGUUGGGAUGGGACAAAAAGAUGCUUAUGUUGGAGACGAGGCUCAGUCAAAACGUGGUAUCUUGACUCUCAAAUACCCAAUUGAGCAUGGAAUUGUUAACAAUUGGGAUGACAUGGAGAAGAUUUGGCAUCACACUUUUUACAACGAGCUACGUGUUGCCCCUGAAGAACAUCCGGUUCUCUUAACCGAAGCUCCACUCAAUCCCAAGGCAAACCGUGAGAAGAUGACGCAGAUCAUGUUUGAGACAUUCAACACUCCGGCUAUGUAUGUUGCCAUUCAAGCUGUUCUAUCACUCUAUGCCAGUGGCCGUACAACUGGUAUUGUUCUGGACUCUGGAGAUGGUGUGAGUCACACUGUACCAAUCUAUGAGGGUUAUGCUCUUCCACACGCAAUCUUACGUCUUGACCUAGCGGGUCGUGACCUAACCGACUACCUCAUGAAAAUACUGACAGAGCGUGGCUACUCCUUCACCACAACUGCUGAGCGUGAGAUAGUUAGAGACAUGAAAGAAAAGCUUUCUUACAUUGCUCUAGACUACGAACAAGAACUCGAGACUUCCAACACAAGCUCAUCCGUUGAGAAAAGCUUCGAGCUUCCGGACGGGCAAGUGAUAACCAUUGGAGCAGAGAGAUUCCGGUGCCCAGAAGUUCUGUUUCAGCCAUCAAUGAUCGGAAUGGAAAAUCCAGGAAUCCAUGAAACAACAUAUAACUCUAUCAUGAAAUGUGAUGUGGAUAUUAGAAAAGAUUUGUACGGGAACAUUGUGCUAAGUGGUGGAACCACAAUGUUUGGUGGGAUUGGUGAUCGAAUGAGCAAAGAGAUUACGGCUUUGGCACCUAGUAGCAUGAAGAUUAAGGUUGUUGCUCCACCUGAGAGGAAGUAUAGUGUUUGGAUUGGUGGCUCUAUAUUGGCUUCACUCAGCACUUUCCAACAGAUGUGGAUUGCGAAAGCAGAGUACGAUGAAUCUGGACCGUCAAUAGUGCAUAGAAAAUGUUUCUAAUGACAGUUCAUGAAAAAGAAGAUCACGGGAGUUAAAUUUAAUGACUUUCUUUGAGUUCGGUUGUUUCAAACCAAAAUUAUAAAGAAAAAUUUUAAUGGAAAAUUGAGAAAUCGGUUAUUUCACAUUUCAACACAUUUCAACGGUCCCAAUCAAGUAACAACACGUGCAAAAACAAUCUUCAACAUUUGUUAAUUUAAAAUUUCAUGUUCUUAACUCUCGUCGCUUAAAUUAUUCUUUGUAAUUUGAUAAGAAGCAAGUAGACUCAAAGAAAGGCAUUAAUAUUUUAUUAUUAAUUGUGUAUACCACAUUAAUAGUGUUCUUCAUGUUUUUAAUUUGGAAAAAUUUCAUAAAAAUAUUUCAACUAAAUUUCGUUAAGUUAUUUAAUACCCAAUUUUUUUUUGCUAUCCAAAUUAAUACUUCAACUAAUUGUUUUGUCUAUUUUAAUAUACUAGUCAUUUUAAUAUCCAAACUAA